UCGAAGAAUCCAAGCCGUUGCUAUUAAUGUUCAUAUGUGCUCAUGUCCUGGCGAUUCGAGCAGCCUUAUAACCUUUUAUAUAACUAUUAGAUAACUAUUAUAUCACAGUUUUUAAUUAUACAAUAUUUACGAUUUUCUAAAUCAAGUUGCAUAAUACCACAAACAAAAUUAUUAAUGCGCAGUUUCUUAUAAAUUUGAAACUUUCUUUUAUAUGCAUGGACAGAUAAAGGCGGUGUAAGAUAUUAAUGCUAUCUUUGGAACACGUUUCUCGUCGGGCCAAAAGCUUAUAUAUGCCUUGGACAGUGAAAGUUAAAUGUAUUUUAUCCUGAGGAAGUAAACAGAAAGUGGUCUCAGCAAUGUCUCGAAGCGUAAUAAUUUUAUUUUGUGUAAUUGUCGGAGUAUAUUCAGUACAAUAUCCAGAAAUAACGCCAUGUUUUGAAUACGACUCUGCAUGUCUCACAAGAACUUCAAACAUAUUGUACAAGAUGUCGGUAGCCGGCGACCCGAGCUUAAACAUUGAGAACUUAGACCCCAUGUUUCAGAAGAGGAUAGACGGAAACCUUGCUACUAUCAAGUAUACGUUUCACAAUACCACCCUCAAAGGAUUCAAUGAAUGUACUGUUGUUAAUUCCAAACUUAAUUUGAAGAAAUCAACAUUAAAAUUCGAUUUAUUCUGCCCAACAUUUAAAAUGUAUGGCCAGUACGAUGUUACUGGACGUCUGAUUGUGGUGCCCAUGGAGGGAAAUGGCGACUAUUCAAUUUUAUGUAAGGACUACAAUAUCCAUAUUGACACUGAAAUCAAAUUUAUCGAGAAAAAUGGUGUUAGAUACAUGGCGUACAAGACUUUUAAAGUAGAUGGAGAUUUGGAAGGAAAAAUGGUGACCGAAUUGACUAACUUAUUCAACGGACAAUAUGAAGAACUGGCUGCAUUUGUACUUCGAUUUAUCAACACUAACUGGAAACCAGUUUCAAAAGAACUCCAAGGACCCGUCUUUUACGCAAACGUCAGAAGAUUAAUCAAGAAUUUCAAUAAAUUUUUGAAGAGAAUACCUUUCGAUCAAUUAAUAGCUCAGUAAUUAUAUAAGACUUUAUUUAUUAAUUUAUUCGUUGUUAAUUUAUUGCAUAUAUGAUAUAAGAUGUAUGACAAAUUGAUUGAGUUUUAUUUUUUGGAAUCCUCGAUUAUGAAGUGCUGCAUUCUAGAAUUUAUAGGAUGAAAUUCAAAAUCUUGUUUUAUUUUUAUAUAAUUCAGGCACUUUGCCAGGCACUUAGAAAACAGUUAAUUAAUGGCUCUAGCACCUCUGUUCUAAAGGACCAUCCAUAUCCAAAUGGAUAUUUUGGACAACUGACACUGGUCACUUGGU